AUGGCCCAGACAGAGCACAAGGCCUGCCUCAGUACGUCGUAUUCCCAGGUCCCCUCUCCUCCGGAUAGCCCCAAGGCAGAGGCGAAGAUGGAGACUGUGAUGGGGCUUGGGCAUACCGGCGGCGACGAAAAGGCAUUCGACCUCGAUCCCAGCCUUCCCGCCCCUCAACCCGAGUCUGCGCUCAAACCCUCAAGCCCCCCCGCUGUUCCUGCUUCUGCUUCUGCUUCUGCUACUACCCCUUCUUCUUCUGCUGCUGCUUCUUCCCUCGUGAUUGACGGAUGGGGCAUCCCCUCCGAAGAAUCCCCCAAAAAUGGUGACGCCAUCGCCGCCGCCGAAACCCCCUACAUGGACCAGUUCGCCCGCGACGAGGCCGGAUACACUGAGCUCGACGCCUCCUCCCUCGCCGUCGGUCUCCCCGAGGGCCUCAUGGGCAACUCCGAAGUCGGCCACUUGAACAUCGGUGCCGGCCGUGUCGUCUGGCAGGACGUCGUGCGUAUCGACCAGACCAUCAAGACGGGCCAGUUCAGCAAGAACCCCGUCGUCAAGGAGGUCUGCGAGUCUGCCAAGGCCGGAAACGGAAGGCUUCAUUUUUGCGGUCUCGUUUCGCACGGCGGUGUUCAUACUAAGCAGACUCAUCUCUACGCGCUGCUCAGGGCCGCCAAGGAGUAUGAUGUCCCCGAGGUUUUCGUCCACUUUUUCGGAGACGGCCGUGAUACCGACCCCAAGUCCGGCGCCGGAUACAUGCAGGAGCUCGUUGAUACGAUGAAGGAGAUUGGUAUUGGCAAGAUCGCUACUAUUGUCGGUCGAUACUACGCCAUGGACCGUGAUAAGCGAUGGGAGAGGGUUGAGGUUGCCCUCAAGGGCCUUGUUCUAGGCGAGGGCGAGCAAGCCACCGACCCCGUCCAGGCUAUCAAGGACGCCUACGCUAGGGGCGGUGAUAGCGACAGGGAUGAGUUCCUGAAGCCCAUCAUCCUCAACGGCCAGGAGGCCCGCAUCAAGAACAACGACACCGUCUUCUUCUUCAACUACCGAUCGGAUCGUGUCCGACAAAUCACCCAGGUCCUCGGAGACGUCGACCGCUCCGUGCUUCCCGACUUCCCCUACCCCAACGUCACCCUGGUUACCAUGACGCAAUACAAGGCCGAUUACCCCUUCAAGGUCGCCUUCGAGCCCCAGAAGAUGGACAACGUCCUGGCCGAGUGGCUCGGCAAGCAGGGCGUCGAGCAGGUGCACAUCGCCGAGACGGAGAAGUAUGCCCACGUCACCUUCUUCUUCAACGGUGGCGUCGAGAAGGUCUUCCCUCUCGAGACCCGCGACCAGAACCAGGACCUCGUCCCCUCCAACAAGUCCGUUCCCACCUACGACAAGGCCCCCGAGAUGAGCGCGGACGGCGUCGCCAACCAGGUCGUCAAGCGCCUGGGCGAGCAGAGGUUCCCCUUCGUCAUGAACAACUUUGCUCCCCCGGACAUGGUGGGCCACACGGGCGUGUACGAGGCCGCCAUCAUCGGCUGUGCUGCUACCGACAAGGCCAUUGGCAAGAUUUACGAGGCGUGCAAGAAGGAGGGAUAUAUUCUCUUCAUCACUGCUGACCACGGUAAUGCUGAGGAGAUGAAGUUCCCUGAUGGCAAGCCUAAGACGUCACAUACGACGAACAAGGUCCCCUUCGUCAUGGCUAAUGCGCCCGCCGGCUGGAGUCUCCAGAAGGGAGAGGCUGUCCUUGGUGAUGUGGCGCCUACUAUCCUUGCUGCUAUGGGCCUGCCUCAACCUGAGGAGAUGACUGGCAAGAGCUUGCUCCAGAAGGCUUAG